CCAGUAGUGUCUGCUCAGCGGCUGCUGCUAUGGUUCGUGGAGCUUUGAGACGUUAGUGAGAUUAACAUCCCGGUUUAGAGUUAACGUCCAGUAGAGUCGCGGAAGUAAACAAGAGGACUUACGCCUUGGAGAAUAUGAACAAAGUGGACGCACCAUGUCGACCCGCCGCCUCUCUGAAAUUCACUAUUGACAACAUCCUCAACCUCAAGACAAGCGGGAGGAACUGUGACGGUCGUCUUCCCACCGGACUGCAGGAUGACUCGGCCACGGCGAUGCGUAAAGACGGUUUCCAGAGUCACCACGAGGAGCACGGAGCCCAGCAGAGGCAGGACCCGGGCAGCAGGCUUCACGAAAGUGAGUUGAGCACAGACUGCACCGGAGCGACGGAAUCGGUCAUCAUCAGCCGCGGAGACCCGAGGAAAGCGACGGAGGUGCGCUUCGAGAGCGGGGACAGCAGCUGCGACGACAGUGGCUCCACCACCACGGCCACGGACGCCCACAAAGGAGGCAGCCCGGCCAAGAAGAGCAAAAUGAUAACGAAAAAGAAAACGCGCACUAUUUUUUCCAAGAGACAGAUUUUCCAGUUGGAGUCUACCUUCGACAUGAAACGCUAUCUGAGCAGCGCAGAGCGCGCCUGCCUCGCCAGCUCUCUCCAGCUGACGGAGACCCAGGUGAAAAUAUGGUUUCAGAACCGCAGGAAUAAAUUGAAACGGCAAAUCUCGACCGAAAUCGACGGACCCGUUACCGAUUUCCCGGAGACUGGAAAGCCCGUGGUGGUGGGGCAGCUCCCGGCCUUGUACAAAGAGAGCAACCUGCUGGGGAGAUGCCUGCUGCCCAUGCCUCUGCCCGUGGUGUACCCGGGGAGUAGCACGCCUUACCUCUGCUUCUCAAACGCCAGCAAGUACUUCAGCCUGUAUGACGGGGACGUAUGAUGGUUUUAAUACUUCUCCACGUGAAAGAGACACUUUUUGGUGGUCUGUUGCCAAGUUUCAAGCAUUUAAGGUGUUUAGAUGGUGGGGCCGGACCUGCGGCCUUAACUGUUUAUGCAGACUGCAAGUACAACGACAGAGGAGUAGUUACAUAUCACAUAAAAAUAAGCUGAUUCGGUAUUAUUUAUUUUUCAAUUAGUUAUGGUUUUUUAAGGGGCCUGACACUAAACUUACACAAAGCCGUUUCUAGAAAAUAGCAGGCUAAGCUAAUGAUAGCCUGAGGCUGGCCUAAAACAGUAUCAGUCUCUACAUUUUAUUGUUUACAUGGUAUUUUAUUAAUUAUUAUUAUUAUUAUUAUUAUUAUUAUUAUAUUAUUAUUAUUAUCAUUAUCAUCAUUAUCAUCAUCAUCAUCAUCAUCAUCAACAGCAGCAUUUCCAGCAGCCUAAAGCCACCAAAGAAAUUACUAUAGCCUAGCUAUUUGCAUGCAUUUCCUGUAUCAUAAUGAAUUUUGAAUUACUGAAAUUAUCUAUGUAUUUAAAUGAAUGUAAUUAACAUUUUAUUCUGUUUCACGCAUGUCUAUUUUUUUCUGAGUAUCCUACUAUUCUUACUUUAUUCCACGUUUGCCUAUAGGCUCAUUACACCAUUUACUGAAACUGUAAUUAAAACAUCUUCAUUCAAGAAAUAUGUUACAGGAUUGAUUCAGUAUUUUGAGGUGAACUUUGUUCAGUGGUUUAUUAUGACAUGAAUUUGCAGAUAAUAGGCAUAGUGUCAGGUUAUAAAUCCAAAUAUUAGUUCUCACAGUACCGUCAUUCUAUGUGUGAAUAUGAGAAGCCUUUUUGAUUGAACAGAUAUAUAAGUUGUACAAUCUUAAAUCAGAGUAAAAACCUAAACACUUAGUCUUAGUAAAGGCUGACUGAUAUCAAUCUGACAACAUGCUUGCUGAUCCAAUGGGCCCUAAUUGCUCGGAGGCCGACACUCAGGCCUCAGAACUUAAACACACUGUAUCUUGAAUUGGGAGCAAAGCAGUUUGUAUUAAUUGUAUAAAAAUAUACAUAAAUUCAACAUUGCUUACAAAAUCCAUUACUGUCAGCUGAAUACUUUAAUCAUAAGGAACAAGACCGUAAAAAUCUCAAUAAUGUCAGUAGGUCAGGGAAAAUUGUAAAAAAAUAAAUAAAUAAAUAAAAUGGUGGGAGUCCAUAUCAAAAUCUAAACAUUUCUAUACAGCUAAAAUAAUGGGAUACAAACUGAAAAUUAUGGUCACAUGACAUGAAACUAAUUUUGUUCCUCCUUGAGAAAAUAUUUGGAAAUAUGCUGAUCCAUUGGUGUUUAAUCUGAGCGGCCACCUCACACAUACAUGUGUACGUCAAUCACAUAGCAGAGGCUCAUCACCCUCUAAGUUUCAGUGUGAAUAUUCCUUAUUUAUAAACUGCAAAAAACACUUUAUCAGAAGAACAAUAUGAGACUAAUUUUGUUCCUUGUUGAGAAACUUAAAUAUUUUGGUCCGUGCAGGAAGUGGCUGACAGAUGCAGACAGAAGGAGAGGCUCGUCCCUUUCUGUGUGAGAGCGUCUAGAUGCUCAGCCUCUCUUCCUGAACGAUGGCCACUCUGCUGUUGUACCACAGCCACAGGCCGAUGCACCAGCAGCCUCAGCAUAAUUUAAAGUAUAUACAAUGGAAAGCUGUGCUCCUACUCCUGUGAAGCCAAGCCAAGUCUCAUUUCUUAUGGACUAGCUUCAAGUCAGGGAUAUUACUGAAGAUUUGGGUUUGAGCUUUGGAAAUAAAACUCAAGACUCCAGAGUGAAUGAAUGCUCCAAGCCAGUUCCUAAAAAGGAAACAUGACAAUCUGCUUUCUGGAUUUCCUGUUUCUUUGAUAACAUGUCUUAAAUGUCACAUCAUCUGCUGAAAGAGGCAAGUAUUCAGCACGGGGAUCCAGAAUUUUAACUGAUAUAAAACUGGAAGUAAAUAAAAUCAGUGUCAGAUUCCGAAUCUAAAUAUUUUUCUCUACCUGGUGAACCUAAACUGUGCAUUACGGUAUACUCGACAGUCAGCAAGACAUGACGUAGUCUGAUUUUGUUUCUCUUUGAAACAGAAAAAAAAAACUUAAGGAAAAAUACUGAGGUAGCAAAAUACUGUAUGGCCCUCUGGACCACAUAUUUUCUUUUGGGGUAUGUUCUUCAACUGAACUUGCAGUUCUUGUGAUAAUUUAAAGCGAUUCAUAAUCUUGGCAUAUAAAACAUCACAAAUCAGUCUGAAAAGCUCCACUGUGUAAAGCUGUGAUGUUUGGAACCUCAUGAUUUUCCCAAGACCAAAAAUAAUAAUUUGAUACUUUAUUGAUCCCUGCAGGGAAUCGUUUCACCCUCAUUAUGUCACAAACUUAAUAUCCUUGACUUGGACAAGUUAACUUGGAACCAAAUUGUGGUUUAACCAGAGUCUGAUC